UAUCCCAGCGUCCCUCCCUAUAUAAACAAGAAACCUCGUGCCAAUUAGGCCAUCGGAGUACAAGAGUCUUUACAAAAGAACCAGAGAAGAUUUUCUGAAGAAAACAUUGAAGAUGAGUUCAAAAAGCAAAGCUUGGAUUGUGGCAGCCAGUGUUGCAGCAGUUGAAGCCUUGAAAGAUCAAGGGUUCUGCAGAUGGAACUACACCAUCAGAUCAUUACACCAACAUGCCAAGAACAAUAUCAGAUCAGUUUCUCAGUCGUCCAAGAAGUUGUCUUCUUCAUCUUCUGCUGUGGUUUCAAGCAAAUUAGCAGAUCAGAAAACAAAGCAAUCUGAGGAAUCUUUAAGGACAGUUAUGUACUUGAGUUGUUGGGGUCCCAAUAACUGAGCUCAUCAAGAGUUGCAGUGAGUUUUGAAGGCUUGCAUGAGGAAUCAACGAAUUAUAGUUAUAGAUUCGAAUUUGUCACUCUCAUGUAGUAGUUAUAGAUUCAUGAGAUGGUAGAUAUCUGUGUUACAAGUAAUUGUAACUUGUAAAUUGUUUAUAUACACAAAUUGAGAGAAUUAU